AUGGGAAGUUGCUGGAGUCGUCUUCCUCCUAACAACCGUCCAACUCCAUCUCCAACCGGAACUGUUACACCUGCAGGAACAUUUAAUUCUCAAACAACAAGUGGAAGCUAUGGUACUAGCACUACAACUUUCAAUUCUAUUUCUACUACUUCUUCUGGUAGUGGAAGUGGAAGCAGUAAUAACAUGUCCUCCUCCAUAAACAGUACCAAUUUCUCCUCAUCUGAUUUUUCAAUCGGUGGUCAGAUCUUAUCUACUGCUAAUCUAAGAGUCUACACUUUCGCCGAAUUGAGAACUUCUACCAGGAAUUUCAGACCUGAUACAGUUCUUGGAGAAGGAGGUUUUGGAAAAGUCUUCAAAGGUUCGCUUGAUGGAAUCACCAUUGCCGUCAAAAAAUUGAACUCCGAAAGCUACCAAGGUCUCGAGGAAUGGCAGUCUGAGAUACAUUUUCUAGGUCGACUUUACCAUCCUAACCUUGUUAAACUGUUGGGAUAUUGUUAUGAGGAUACAGAGCUUCUUCUUGUUUAUGAAUACAUGCAGAAGGGUAGUUUGGAAAAUCACCUCUUUGGAAGGGGUGCUGAGAUUCAACCACUUUCUUGGGAGCUGAGGCUUAAGAUAGCAAUUGGAGCAGCUAGUGGUCUUUCCUUCUUGCAUACAUCAAAUAGAGAAAUUAUUUACAGAGAUUUUAAGGCCUCUAAUAUAUUGCUUGAUGGGUCCUAUAAUGCAAAGAUAUCAGAUUUUGGGCUUGCAAAGCUGGGUCCUUCAGCUAGUCAAUCGCAUUUGUCCACAACCGUGAUGGGGACACCGGGUUAUGCAGCUCCUGAAUAUAUGCAAACAGGGCAUCUAUAUGUAAAGAGUGAUGUGUAUGGUUUCGGAGUUGUUUUGGUUGAGAUACUGACGGGCUUACGAGCGAUUGAUAUCAACCGGCCAAGUGGGUUUCACAGUCUAACGGAUUGGAUCAAACCGCACCUACUGGACAAAAGAAAAUUGAAGAAGAAAAUGGAUAUUCUGUUGGACGACAAGUAUCCCAUAAAAGCCGCACUUGCUAUAGCUAAGGUUGCUUCAAGGUGUCUUGCACCUGAGCCCAAAAUGCGCCCAUCCAUGAAGGAAGUUUUGGAGAUCUUGAAAGGAACUCAAGCUUCUACUGACAAAACCGCUGAGGUUAGCGGUCAAGAUUAA